UGUCCCGCCGACGCGCGCGGCCCCGCCCUUCGCAGGCUCCUCAGCUCGCACCAGCUAGCUAGCCGCCGGCGAGUCCCUUGGUUCAUCUCGGGGGUCGGUGUGGUCACUCAUUUCCAAAAGCUCGCUCGCUCGCUCGCUCUUCCUCUCCUCAUCACGAGUCUUUUGAAAACUAUACUACUACUUGCAUGGAUCGGCGCGUACUGUGCAUCAGGAUCAUGCUCGCGUAGACGCCUUGGCCCAUUCCAUGGCCGUAUGUCCCUACCCUCUCGUACGUACGUCCCAUGUGCAUUACCUCCCUCCCCCCAACUUGGUUCUGCCGGGGGCACCACGUACUCCGACUGUGCAACUCUGAGAUCGCACUCUGUUGAUCUGUUCCGGCGGUCAGGCAUGCUGGUCUUCUUGGUUCCAAAGAUGCGGCGGUCUAGACGUCCACUACUCCUGUUGCUCCCAAACUGGUCGUCCUCCUCUUCGUUCUCACACCCCUUUCUCGUUUGCGUCUUUUUGGGCUGACGCUGUCCCUUUUCGAACCUCGAGUCCCCCAAACAAAUCUCUCUCCGUCUCUCGCUCUUCACGCUACUCCCAAACUCUAGUAAUAUAAUAUUUUUGAUGAUGCCAUCCGUUUCCGUUUUUUUAAUUUUAUUAAUGGCGAGGAGAGAGAGACCACAGAUCACAGAGAGCUCCAUGCUUCGCUUUGUCCGCUAAUGCUAAUGGGGAUGGCCGCUCACCUUGCCGCCGUGGUGUGGCGUCGUCUCGGUCUCGGUCCCCUACUCCUUUUUAUUUCCAGCCCGCGGCCUCUCGCACGCUUCUCCAGUUCUCCUCCCGUUUUCCCUCUCUUAUUCAAAAGAAACCCCACCACCUCUAACCGUAAACCGCUGUGUAUCCCGUCCCGUCCCGUCUCUCGCUCGGCCAGCAGGCCACCAACUGCCAGGUCCGGCGAUGGGCAAGGCGGCGCGCUGGUUCCGCAGCUUCCUGGGCAAGAAAGAGCAGCGGCCCACCAAGGACCAGCGGCGGCUGCAGCAGCAGGACGACCAGGCUCCUCCGCUUCCGCCGCCAAGCGCCAAGCGCUGGAGCUUCGGUAGGUCGUCGCGGGACUCGGCGGCGGCCGCGGUCGUCUCGGCCGGCGCGGGCAACGCGGCGAUCGCGCGCGCCGCCGAGGCCGCGUGGCUCAGGUCCGCCGCGUGCGCCGAGACGCACCGGGACCGGGACCAGGACCAGGACCAGAGCAAGCACGCCAUCGCCGUGGCCGCCGCCACCGCCGCCGCGGCGGACGCGGCGGUGGCGGCGGCGCAGGCGGCAGUCGCCGUUGUGCGCCUCACCAGCAAGGGACGCGCGCCGCUCUUCGCCGUCGCCGCCGCCGUCAGGAUCCAGACGGCGUUCCGAGGAUUCUUGGCCAAGAAGGCGUUGCGCGCGCUCAAGGCGCUCGUGAAGCUGCAGGCGCUGGUGCGCGGCUACCUCGUGCGCAGGCAGGCGGCCGCCACGCUGCAGAGCAUGCAGGCUCUCGUCCGCGCGCAGGCCACCGUGCGCGCGAGACGAGCCGGCGCCGCCGCCCUCCCGCACCUCCACCACCUGCCCGGCCGCCCGCGCUACUCGAUGCAAGAGCGGUGCGCGGACGACGCGCGGAUCGAGCACGGGGUGGCGGCGCACAGCAGCCGGCGGCUGUCGGCGAGCGUGGAGUCCUCGUCGUACGGCUACGACCGGAGUCCCAAGAUCGUGGAGGUGGACCCCGGCCGCCCCAAGUCGCGGUCGUCCUCGCGCCGCUCGAGCGCCCCGCUGCUCGACGCCGGCAGCUGCUGCGGCGAGGAGUGGUGCGCCAGCGCCAACCCCGCGUCCUCGCCGCUGCCGUGCUACCUGUCCGCCGGGCCGCCGACGCGCAUCGCCGUGCCGACCUCGCGCCAGUUCCCGGACUACGACUGGUGCGCGCUGGAGAAGGCCCGGCCGGCCACGGCGCAGAGCACGCCGCGGUGCCUGCUGCAGGCGCACGCGCCGGCCACCCCGACCAAGUCCGUCGUCGCGGGCCACUCGCCGUCGCUUAACGGGUGCCCGAACUACAUGUCGAGCACGCAGGCGUCGGAGGCCAAGGCGCGGUCUCAGAGCGCGCCGAAGCAGCGGCCCGAGCUCGCCUGCUGCUGCGGCGGAGCGCGCAAGCGGGUGCCGCUCAGCGAGGUGGUUCUCGUGGAUUCCUCCCGCGCCAGCCUGAGCGGCGUCGUGGGCAUGCAGCGCGGGUGCAGCACCGGGGCGCAGGAGGCGUUCAGCUUCCGGACGGCCGUCGUUGGUCGCAUAGACCGCUCGUUGGAGGUUGCCGGCGGCGAGAACGACCGGCUGGCCUUGUUGCAGAGGAGGUGGUGACUGGCGAGGACCGAUCAGCAAGCUCCACUGGAAAUGCCAACAAGACGACGAGACCUUUGGAAGGGUAAUUAGCAAUAAGAAUGCGUUUUCAUGUGUUCUUGCGAGUUCUCGUCUUUUUUUUUCUUCUUUUUCUUGGUUUUUACAAUCUGAUCAAUCAUGCGACUGGUGUUUCUUUUAUUUGUUAUCAGUGCUCAACAAGUGUACGAGGAAAAUUUGAUUCAUACUGCACUUGGCAUGUAAAGCCUUGCUCUUAUUAAUGCUGUUCUUGGAUUGUGUCCUUAAUGAUUUUCUUUGUUAGUUCACAGCAUUAAGUGAACUGAACUGUUACUGUAAUUGUGGACGCAUCCAAUCAGACUUGUUCAAUUAGAAGGGGAUUAAAGAAGAUAAAAUGUGUUAACUGUUAAA